UAGAACCAUUUAAGAAUUUGUUGUGUUGGCAUCGUAUCAGCAAACAUCAGAUUAAGACUGCGAUAUGUGAUUUAUAAAUUGAGAAGUUAAGCUGUGUGUGACAAUGUAUUCGAUUAAAAGAGGAUAUUCCCUUCUGUCUGCUUUAAUUUUCCUUAGCGUCAUGAGCGUGUGUCAUUGUAAAACAAUUGGUAAAGUGCUCACGCGCCAACGCCGGUAUUUAACGUUUCCCAAAGGCAGUUCAUUGCAAAUGGUGUUCGAUGGUGCAUCUCCAAUUGUCGAUAACACGCUGUACGCUGUCGUCGGAAUUACAGUAGCUGUAUCCUGGGAGCUGCCGCACAAUCCAUUUUAUUACGACGACGAUCUAGCGAUGGCGUUUAACAAUGGCGAAACGGAACUGUUACAUCGAAAUGAUGUGGACCCGAAUGGCGACAAAGUGCAAGACAGCUAUUACUUCGGUCAAAACAACAAUUUACUGCAAGACAAUCUGGACGGUGACGACGUCGAGUAUUACAACAAAAAUACGAGUAAAACAUUCGAAUGGAAUAAGUUGAUGAACAAUUCCGAUCCAGACCUAAUACUCACCGAAAAUUUUCCAUUCAAUCGAAAGCAAUCGGUAGUGCCGAUGCCGCUUGGAAAACGGAGCAUAGAUGAAUCAGCGGAAAACGAACUAUUCUUGAAGUAUCACAGGCGCAGUCGGUACGAUCUGUAUCGUUUGGUUGAAAAAUAUUUGGAUAGCAACGGAGUCGACGGAAGCCAUUGUUUGCAACGAGUUCUAUGUGAAGUGGGCCAAAAGAAAAAAGGAGAAGAAGUCGGCACAUUCGUUGAAGAAAUACUGAAAGCCAUUUUUCAUUUGCCUGAAACUCACUCCACUUUAAUGAAUCCACAGACAAUCGAUUAUCACGUUGCUCAUACGUCCGCACACAAUUGUACGGAACAGUAUCAUCGGUGUACGUUUGACAUCUGGAAAACUUCGCUUAAAUCGUUUCCGGUUCCUUAUUUUAUAGACAUCAGAGCAUCUUAUGAGUUAUUGUGCUUGCACGCGACAAGAUUUUCAACGAUUCAAACACUAAAGCUUAUUCACCUGAAAACGCCAAACAGCAACAAUACCGACAGCUACAACAACAUUGGCAAAAUAAACAAGGAAAAUAUGAAAACCAAAAGAAAAUCGCAAAAUUUAUGCUUCACAAUUUGUGAUGUUAUUUUAUGUUUUUUAAUGUUGGUCGUAUCGUUGAACGCUGUUGUCGAUGGUGGUAUAUCAAAUGAUAACCAGAAAAUUUUGUCACGUCGUCGGAGGUAUUUAACUUUUCCGGAAGGGUCAUCGUUUCAAGUUGUAUAUGAAACAUACCAACCCAUCCCCGGCUAUGGCAAUUUACUGAUAUUCUAUCUGACACAAGCGUUGGCCUGGGAAUUGCCAUCACAAGCAUACCAUCCCGAAGAGCAUCUCCAAGAGAUAUGGGACGAUGUUGUUUUCCCGAAUGAUCAGUACGAUGAGCUGGCAGUAGACAAUCAGGUUGCCAAUGCUGCAGCAGACAAUUUGCAGAAUUCAAUUCAGGAGAAGAACAGUGCUGAUCGAAACUCCCAAGUGAAUGCUCCGUACUCGAAGAAUCCAGUUCCGUAUAUGAAUCAGAAUCAAACUCAGGGAGUUCCAAUUCAAAAUCGCAACGGAGAACAACCAUUGGGCGGAAAUAAUUACUAUUCGAACCCUAGUGUACCUAAUAAUAACUACUACGCAAACUAUAAAAAGCCUCAGAGAGUGUCUGAUAUGAUAGGGCCACUAUCGAAAAAGAUUAGUAACAAAAUGGACUACUACUUGUCCUAUGCGGACAAAGUGCUGAGUCAAGUCAAAGAUUUUGCAACAGAAAACCAUGAACCGUGGAAAAAUACUGAGUGGAACACAUACACACAGAGAAAUCCAAACGAAUAUGAGCGAAGUGAAGCUAACAGGAGAAAUUAUGCAUUUGAGCAAAGUAGACACUUCAUUCAUCCAGCAUUUGGUAAACGGAGUACCGAUAAAAAUCUGACACCCGAAGAGAAAUUCAAUAUGAAUCACCAUCGAGAAUCUCGACAGACGCUGUAUCAGAAAAUUGCAAAAUUUUUGGAAACCGAUGAAAUAAAUGGCGCUGAAUGUGUUUUGAAAGCUUUGUGUGAAACCGGUAAACGUCGAGAUGCAGACAAAAAGCCUGGACCUUUUCUCAUGGAAAUAUUAAGAGUUGUCUUUAGCUUGCCAGAAGCCGAUCAAAAGGAAAACCAUCCUGUUUAUAGCCGGUACGAUAAUGCACAUACCACGUCGGAGGAUUGCGAUGAACUGUUUCCGAAAUGUAAAUCUAGCUUGUGGAAUAAAGAUGCAAUUCUGUAA